GAGACAAAACAAAAGGUUAGGGAGUCUGGACCAAGCCGUAAACGAAAGGAAAUAGAGUCCGAGGAGGAAUCUCCUCCAAGGCAGACAACUCAUCGACGAAGAACAAUUGUUUACGAUAGUGGCGAGGAGGAAUAAGACAUUCUUCACCAUUCCUUAGAGGCCUAUUACUCUCCUAAAGAUGGUUCACUGUUUCUCUUGAAUGCCUUGACAUACCAAAGAUGCCAUCAACCGACAGAUUUAGAAAGUACAUUGACUAUUGAAAAGAAAUGAUCUUUGUGUAACUGUGUUUCUUCCUCUAAAUAGCUACUAAUAUAGUCAUGUUUUUCGAGCUAGAGAUGUCUUUCUUGUAGUUGUUAAAUGCAUUGAGUACUUCAUUCAUGAUUCAUCCCAAACAAUGAAUCAUAUUUUGGAGCACACUCUUUUCACUUGAGGAAUGUAAUACUGUUUUUUUUGACUGAUAAUGUAAUACUGUUGGAACCAUGGAAAACUAAGAAAUGCAGUUAUAUUCA